UUUAUUUACCCUUAGUUUAGUUUAGGUGUAGGCAUUACCGAGCACGCUGAUAUUGGAUAACACUAAAUUGGAUGGUGCGCAAAUGGCAAAUGUUUUAGCAGUGAGUUAUCAGUUGUAAUCCGAGAUUGAGGGGAUAUAUAUCAAAAAGUAUGCUUUUGUCGGAGGACACAGUCGUAAGGCUUUGCAUGGUGUCCGAGGCACUUACUAGUAUUUGAGCUUUAUUUUUUAUUUGUUUUACUCGUGCAGUUUCUGCAGUCUAAUUUCCCUGAAGUUGUUCGCGAAUUUUAUUGCAACGGAGAGAGCGAUAAAGGGGUUAAAGAGAGUAAAGCGGGGAAAGUGAAUCAGUAUGGAAGAAAAUGAUCACGGCAACAGAGAUGUGGUGGAGCGGCAGGAGUCGGCGGAUGAAUCAAACAGAGCCAUCCUUCCCCUCUUACAGGCGCCGGGGAACCUGCAGAUCCCUCACCGGGUCACCAAUUUUUUCAUCGACAACAUCCUGCGGCCGGAUUUCGGACGGAAAAAGGACGGGGGCGCAAACCGCGAAGACAGUAGUCUUGCGUCUCGGGAGAGCCACAACAGCCCAACCGCCCCUCAGACCGAACCGGUGGGGAGCACUGUGCCAGCAGAAGGGACCUCCACUCCACACACGGUUACCGGGGCCAAGAAGCCUGCUAUAGCCGCCGAGGAGCCCCUGAAACCCCGCGGGGAGAACGGAGACCAGUGCCUAAGCUCAGACUCAGACAGUUCCCAAGCCAGCUCAAACCCAUCCCUGCAGUCUCAGCCCAUGCUGUGGCCAGCCUGGGUCUACUGCACCAGAUACUCGGACAGGCCUUCUUCAGGGCCAAGAUCUCGGAAACCAAAGAAGAAAACGACCAGCAAAGAGGACAAGCGACCACGGACGGCCUUCACAGCAGAACAGCUGCAAAGACUCAAAUCGGAGUUUCAGACAAAUCGGUAUCUGACGGAGCAGAGGCGACAGAACCUGGCGCAGGAACUGGGCCUGAACGAAUCCCAGAUCAAGAUCUGGUUUCAGAACAAGAGGGCCAAAAUCAAGAAGGCUACCGGCACUAAAAACUCUCUGGCCUUGCACCUGAUGGCACAGGGACUGUACAAUCACUCCACCGUCACGUCGAAAGACGAAAAAUCAGACAGCGAUUGAUUUCCAGAGAAGUAACAACAGCCUCCUGACGAAAAAGAACCUAUAGUAAUCCUAUUAUAGAUUUUUUUUUUUAUAGAGAUAUCACAGAAAAAAAAAAAACAUAAACAAAAAAACUCUACUUACAGGAAUAUUUAAUGACGCCACAGCAGAUAAAAUACUACAAAGUACUAUUACUAUUACUCAACGCUUACUCAGUAGCCUACAGAUGUACAUUGUGUCCAGGACACCGUAAGAAAUACAACACUACAAAAAGUAAGAAAAAGAUCACUACUACUUCGAGUCCCUACAGGAAUUUUAAUGCUACCAUAGGUCUCUGUAUGUUCCUAUGGGAAUAUUAUAGUGCUUUUUCGUAAUAUGGGAGGUUCAGAUAAGCCUACAAUGCAAUAAUUUCAUCGAAUAAAGGGCCAGUGUAUAGAGUAUACCAGCAUAAAUUGUUUGAAAAAAAU